ACCUUCCGUAGGCAUUUUGGGCUCGCAGUGACUCAACCUGGCUAUCGCAAUCUGGCCCGUUCCACUUCGCGCGCCCAGAUACACCGACGCACUGAUGGAGGUCGACGGAGAGGUGGCGCAACCUGUCCGAUACGGUAGGCCAGGUCCCUCUGAUUUCGCAGGUAUCAUCGAAUGGCCGGAGCGCGUCAUACAAGAUGUGCCUCGUCUGGGCGCUCGCUGCAAGGAAGUGUUGCAGCGCAAGAAGGUCCUGAUGACGACGCACUAUUCUGGAGUUGGGUGCGCCGAACUAGCACUGGCACAGCUUGAGGGCGUCGGCGAAUUUGACUCCACCACGUAUUCGGCCAGCGAGAUCGACGUUAAGACCAGAAGCUUGCUCCUCGCCAGCAAGUUCUCGCCCGACCACGUCUUCGGCGAUGUCCUGGAGAUGCUGCCGACAGCAGAUCAGAGUCAUCUCUUGUUGGUCCAGAAAGACGCACUGGAUGCUGCUCGAGAUUUGGAUGAGCACCCAGAACGGCUGACGGUGGAGGAGAUUGAAGAUUCGAAGGCGAGAGUGGGCGUCCAGAUGAUGGCCAAGAUGGUGAAGGUGUUGGAGAAGACAAAGUUCCGGAAGCGCGCCCACUGCUACGUGCAUGGGCGUGCUUGCUCCCUGCAACCAAGGUUGAGGCCAGACGAGCUGCACAUUGAAGCAGCCGGAACGACAUGCCUUGCGUGGUCCAGUAUGAGAUCUCCUGAUAGUGCGACCAAGCAGUGGCUCCACGAAUCCACCCUCCCGUGCCUCGUGUGGAUGUUCUGGGUCAAGCAUGUCAAGCCACACUUGCUUAUUCACGAGUGCGUCUCACAAUACCAGUGGGGUUAUCUCGCUGACACACUGAGCCAGUACUUCGUCCUCAGCAUCAACUUCUCUCCAAAGCUGCUUGGCGUUCCUGCCAACAGGUGGCGCCGCUACACGAUUGGUGCGCUCGUGGAGAAGUUGAGUAUCGUGGAGAACUCCACCAUGCCCGCGCUCGCGCUGAAGGAACUUAUUGGGGAUGAGGACGAAGUCGCCAGGGUGCGCCAGCUGCUGGUGGCGCUGUUCCAAUCGGCAUUCUUCCGCGACCUCAUCGCUAAUUGCAACGUGUACCAACAGGCCACGGUCGUGCAGAAGAACCAGUUCAUGCGCAACGCGAUGAACCACUUGGGCUUGGUGUAUCGGGCAGAAGCUGAUUUCGCGCACAUUCUCCCAGCAGCGAAUUUUCAGCGGGCCAUGGGGUACCGUAACCAGUUCAAGACGAUGCUCGAGCAGGGGCAUGCGAUGAUUGGGGACGUGGCCGCCGUGGACUUGGGGCAGACGGUGGGCCGGAACGGAGUGCAGCCUUCCGGCGUGGUCCCUGCGUUGCUGACCCGAUCUGAGAUGGCUUUCAUGACCGCGGAGCCCAGGCUGGACAGGAUUGGCACGAGGAUUCAGAUCCGCAGCGUCCUGCCGCUUGAGCACUUUGCCAUCCAGUCGUUCCCCAUUUCCAUGCCUCACCUUCCUCAUGGCAUCGACGGCGUUGUGGACGAGCGCGUACGGGAGAUGCACCACAUGUACUUUCCCUGGCAGUCGGAUGACAUCUUUACCGCGCCCGAUACGUUGCUAAAGAAGGUCAUGGGCAACGGUAUGCAUUUGGAAGCUGUCGGGACCGUUCAGGCGUUCGCUCUCGCCCUGUUCGAAUUCAGCCCCGCCAAGCAGGUGCCAGUUCGCAAGCGCGGCAACGGCGGCGACCCCCCGCCGCCGCCCAUGAAAGGCCCUGCGAAGAAGGCGAAGAUCUCCCGCACCACAACUCCCACUAGGCGCCGCCCUGCGAGCUCUACCCCAACGGCACCGAUGAAGCGGGCCAAGAGGGCUAGGGCUUAGCCUGAGGCCGCCUUGGCGAGCGGGCGACCCGCUGAGCGCCC